CGGAAACCAACAUCAACAGACAAAAUAAAAACAAACAAAAAAAAAACGGUCAAAUCGGAAGCGGUGAAUAUUGAAUUAAAACAAAAAACUAAAGCCGCAGAAAAAAAACCAAACAAAUAGCGCAAGUAAAGUCCUUUCCAAAAAAAAAAUCAGCGCAACACGCGCUUUUUGUCACUCCUUUUUGCCUUGCGCUCUUGUUUUUCUUUUUUUUUUUUUGAUUCUGUUUACCGAGAACUUUUGUAUUCGCGCGUUGGUAAACAACUCAAAUUUUUUUUGCGGUGUAAGUUUUUUAAAGUGCAAAAAAACAAAACAGAAAGGUAAAAAAAAAACAGAAACCAAAACACAAACACAGCGACAGACAGACGCGAAGGAAGCUUCAAAAGAGAGGAAGAAGGGGAAGAGGCAACGAGGCGAGGGGCGAAUCAAAGUUAAUUCCUUAAACUACGCCCACGGCUUUAAACUAAAUGUUGCGCUGAAUUGAGUCGAAGGUUUUUUGGAUAAAAGGGAACCUGCCGUUCGAAAGUCGUGGCAGAAGGGCAGCCAUUGCAGUCGAGUCAAGUUAAAUUAGCCGGAAACGGAAACGGACCAUGUGAUCUACAAUAAAUGCAAUUGUAUAUAAACACACGCAUCCGUUGGGCCAAUAUGUCCCGAAAUUAAGUCGAUAUCAAGAGAGCAAGGACGAGAGCUAGAGAGAGAUCUAGAUCUGGAUUAGAUAUAUAUCGCAUGUGCACGGCAACGGAAACGGAAGCGUCAGCGGCAACGGCAACGGAAACAGUAACGGAAGCGGCAACGGAAACGGAAGUGGCUAACGUAACGUCACCCAGUGAGCAAUAAUGACCAAGAAGUACGAGUUCGAUUGGAUCAUUCCGGUUCCGCCGGAAUUGACCACGGGCUGUGUGUUCGAUCGCUGGUUCGAGAACGAAAAGGAGACGAAGGAGAACGACUUUGAGCGCGAUGCCCUCUUCAAGGUCGACGAAUACGGAUUUUUCCUUUACUGGAAAAGCGAGGGGCGGGAUGGCGAUGUCAUCGAGCUUUGUCAAGUGAGCGACAUUCGUGCGGGAGGAACCCCGAAGGAUCCGAAGAUACUCGAUAAGGUGACGAAGAAGAACGGAACCAAUAUACCGGAACUGGAUAAGCGAUCCCUGACGAUCUGCUCGAACACGGACUAUAUCAAUAUAACAUAUCACCAUGUUAUUUGUCCAGAUGCGGCAACCGCCAAGAGCUGGCAGAAGAAUUUGCGUCUCAUCACGCAUAACAAUCGCGCCACGAAUGUGUGCCCGCGCGUCAACCUGAUGAAGCAUUGGAUGCGAUUGAGUUACUGCGUGGAGAAGAGCGGCAAAAUUCCGGUGAAAACGCUGGCCAAGACCUUCGCCUCCGGCAAAACGGAGAAGCUGGUGUACACGUGCAUCAAGGACGCCGGUCUGCCGGACGACAAGAACGCCACGAUGACCAAGGAGCAGUUCACCUUCGACAAGUUCUACGCCCUGUACCACAAGGUCUGUCCCCGUAACGAUAUCGAGGAGCUCUUCACCUCCAUCACCAAGGGCAAGCAGGACUUUAUCAGUCUGGAGCAAUUUAUCCAGUUCAUGAACGACAAACAGCGCGAUCCACGAAUGAAUGAGAUCCUGUUUCCUCUCUAUGAGGAGAAACGCUGCACUGAGAUCAUCAACGAUUACGAGUUGGAGGAGGAGAAAAAGAAAAAUGUUCAACUCUCGCUGGACGGCUUCAAGCGCUACCUGAUGUCCGACGAGAAUGCUCCGGUGUUCCUGGACCGACUGGACUUCUACAUGGAGAUGGACCAGCCCCUGGCCCAUUACUACAUAAACAGCUCCCAUAACACCUAUCUAUCCGGUCGUCAGAUCGGCGGCAAGAGUUCCGUGGAGAUGUACCGCCAGACCCUUUUGGCAGGAUGUCGGUGUGUGGAGCUGGACUGCUGGAACGGAAAGGGGGAGGAUGAGGAGCCGAUCGUCACCCACGGCCACGCCUACUGCACGGAAAUCCUCUUCAAGGACUGCAUCCAGGCGAUUGCGGACUGCGCCUUUGUGUCCUCCGAGUAUCCGGUGAUCCUGUCCUUCGAGAACCACUGCAAUCGCGCCCAGCAAUACAAGUUGGCCAAAUACUGUGAUGACUUCUUCGGCGAUCUGUUGCUCAAAGAGCCGCUCUCAGAUCACCCGCUGGAUCCGGGACUACCGCUGCCGCCGCCGUGCAAACUGAAGCGCAAGAUCCUCAUCAAGAACAAGCGGAUGAAGCCGGAGGUGGAGAAGGUCGAGCUGGAGCUGUGGCUCAAGGGCGAGCUGAAGACGGACGACGAUCCGGAGGAGGACGCCAGUGCGGGCAAGCCGCCGGAGGCAGCCGCCGCCCCUGCUCCCGCCCCGGAAGCGGCCGCCGCCGCCGAGGGUGCCGCCGAGGGGGGUGGCGGGGCGGAGGCCGAGGCAGCCGCCGCCAACUACAGUGGCUCCACCACCAACGUGCACCCGUGGCUCUCAUCCAUGGUCAAUUACGCGCAGCCCAUCAAGUUCCAGGGCUUCGACAAGGCAAUCGAGAAAAACAUUGCCCACAACAUGUCCUCGUUCGCGGAAUCGGCGGGCAUGAACUACCUGAAGCAGAGCUCCAUCGACUUUGUCAAUUACAACAAGCGUCAGAUGUCGCGGAUCUAUCCGAAGGGCACCCGGGCGGACUCCUCGAACUACAUGCCGCAGGUGUUCUGGAACGCCGGCUGCCAGAUGGUCUCCCUCAAUUUCCAGAGCUCCGAUCUGCCCAUGCAGCUCAACCAGGGCAAGUUCGAGUAUAACGGCGGCUGUGGCUAUCUGCUGAAACCCGACUUUAUGCGCCGUGCCGACAAGGAUUUCGAUCCGUUUGCCGAUGCGCCGGUAGACGGUGUGAUUGCAGCCCAGUGUUCCGUAAAGGUGAUAGCCGGCCAGUUCUUGUCGGACAAGAAAGUGGGCACCUACGUGGAGGUGGACAUGUUCGGCCUGCCCUCGGACACGGUGAAGAAGGAGUUUCGCACCCGUCUGGUGGCCAACAAUGGUCUAAAUCCGGUCUACAACGAGGAUGCCUUCGUGUUCCGCAAGGUGGUGCUGCCCGACUUGGCUGUGCUGCGUUUUGGCGUCUAUGAGGAGAGCGGAAAGAUCCUGGGACAGCGUAUCCUGCCGCUGGACGGCCUGCAGGCUGGCUAUCGCCAUGUGUCCCUGCGCACGGAGGCCAACUUUCCCAUGUCGUUGCCCAUGUUGUUUGUGAAUAUCGAGCUAAAGAUCUACGUACCUGAUGGCUUUGAGGACUUCAUGGCCAUGUUGUCGGAUCCGCGAGGAUUUGCCGGCGCCGCCAAGCAGCAAAAUGAACAGAUGAAGGCCUUGGGCAUUGAGGAGCAGAGCGGCGGUGCCGCCCGAGAUGCUGGCAAGGCCAAGGAGGAGGAGAAGAAGGAGCCACCGCUGGUCUUUGAGCCCGUCACGCUGGAAUCGCUGCGGCAGGAGAAGGGCUUCCAGAAGGUGGGCAAGAAGCAGAUCAAGGAGCUGGACACGCUGCGCAAGAAGCACGCCAAGGAGCGCACCUCGGUGCAGAAGACCCAGAAUGCGGCCAUCGACAAGCUGAUCAAGGGCAAGAGCAAAGACGACAUUCGCAACGAUGCCAACAUCAAGAACUCGAUCAAUGACCAGACCAAGCAGUGGACCGACAUGAUCGCCCGUCACCGCAAGGAGGAGUGGGAUAUGCUGCGACAGCAUGUCCAGGACUCGCAGGACGCCAUGAAGGCGCUGAUGCUCACUGUUCAGGCGGCGCAGAUCAAGCAGCUGGAGGAUCGCCAUGCCAGGGACAUCAAGGAGUUAAAUGCCAAGCAGGCAAAGAUGUCGGCGGACACCGCCAAGGAGGUGCAGAACGACAAGACCCUGAAGACCAAGAACGAGAAGGAUCGUCGGUUGCGUGAGAAGCGCCAGAACAAUGUCAAGCGCUUCAUGGAGGAGAAGAAGCAAAUCGGUGUUAAGCAGGGCCGCGCCAUGGAGAAACUGAAGCUGGCUCAUUCGAAGCAGGUCGAGGAAUUCAGUACCGACGUGCAAAAGCUUAUGGACAUGUACAAAAUCGAGGAGGAGGCCUAUAAGACGCAAGGAAAGACGGAGUUUUAUGCCUAAGACUCCCAGGUCAAAGGUCAAAAAUGAGGAAGAGCACCGCGAUACCAAAAAAUUACACUAAAAAAACACUAGAGCAAACCAAGAAACAAUGUGCUGAUCAAGAUGAAGAUGCUAACAUAUAUACUUCUUUAUAUACUGAAUUUACACACACACUACACUCAUCAUCCCAGAACUCAAACACACAUACACUCUCGCCCACAUCUAUAAGGUAUUAACUUUACUUAAAAAUAUUUACGUAUAUGUUUUAUGCAGGAAGCAUAGGCUUACACACACUUGUCAACUAACUAGAAUUCAAAAACUGAAAAGUCAACACUUUGUGCUUUAUAUUUAUUUAAGAUUCUGAUGAAGAAGAAAACGUUGAUUGAGAAGGCCACACAUGAAUGUGUGAAUUUUACGGGGACUUUCCCCUCUCGAAUCCAUUGUAAUUUAUUUUGAAAAACAAGAAAAAACCCAAGAAAAAAAAAGAAUACCAAAAAUCUUUAAAGGUAUUUUGUGCUAACAACACAAUAACAACGGUACACCGAUAAGUUUAGACCACAUAUGCAGUGCGUUUCAGGGCUAUAAGGACUGCCUUGUGGUUAUUUUAGCGGUGAAACGCACUGUACACAAUCAUAUAUGUAUACAUAACACUAACCCAACAUCCCUGCCCCCCAGUAAUCGUACGUUUCAAGUGAACUAAUUACAUGAGUUUCCGAUUCUCCACCUAAUAGCUUAGCCAACUAACUAACCAGUAAGCUAAAACCAUUAACCAGUAAAGCAAUCCGAGGAACCCACAACUAACCGAACACCCAAACAAACAGAUCUACAUAUAUAUUUCGGGAUAUAUAGAACCUGUAGAACGUCAUAUUUUUUUUUCUAAAAGCAUUUAUUUUGCAAAACUUGGAGGGGAAAAACCCCUAACUGCUCGAAAAAAUAUAUAUGAAAACCGAAAACAGCAUUCACAGUCAUAAACGAGAAAAUCGUUGCAAAUAGUUUAUAAAGACGGUGUUAUAAAAACCUAAGUAUUAAGUGUGUAAUUCAAACAAUGAAACACCCCUACCGGCAGUUAUAUGUACACACCGAUACACACACAACACACAAAAAUAUGAAUUAUUUUUGAGCUGAAAAUACCAAAAACUAAUUGGUUCAACUUUACAUGAAAUGUGAAUUUUUUCCGCUCUGUAUUAGUUUCGAUCUAAUUUUUAAUUUUUAACCAAAACGAGAUAAAGAUUUUACGAUUUUUACUACCAGAUAAAGUAGCCAAAAAAAAUAUAUACAUACAUAUAUACACAGAAACACGAAAUAAUACAUAGAUCUAGUGAAUAUUAUACCACAGUAAGAGAGACAAACAAGAACUUAAGAUAGUUUCUGUUUGAACUGUCAAGACCGUUUAUGUUGCACUCGAAAGUUGCUUUUUGCAUGUAUUGUAGUUGUUGCAAAAAUACCAAAAAAAAAAAAA